AUGUUUUUUCUAUCUAUCUAUCUAUCUAUCUAUCUAUCUAUCUAUCUAUCUAUCUAUCUAUCUAUCUUAGUAUGUAUUGGUUUGGUUUGGUUUGUUUUACGACAUAUCAACCUCAAUGGGUUAUUUAAUGCCGACAAAAUUUUUUGCUGGUUAUUUUUGGUAAUAUUUUUCCUUCAAAAAUCUAUCUAUCUAUCUAUCUAUCUUAAUUUUUUUUUUUGGUUUACGGAUAUCAUUUUUUUUUUUUAUUGCUUUAUUUCAAAAUGUAUUGCAUCUUUUUUAUCUAUCUUUCUUUUUAUCUAUCUAUCUAUCUAUCUAUCUAUCUAUCUAUCUGAAAAUAAUUCCUGCGGCAAACCAGACAACGUCUUUCCACCUUCUCUUCCUUUCAUUACCCUCUAUUUAGUUUUUUUUUCCUUUAUCUAUAUCACUGUACGAUUUUUGUCUUUCUUUUUUGUCUGUCUUUCUUUCUUUUGUUUUUUUUUCUUUCUUUUGUAUUUUUCCUUUCCACUGAAUUUUUUCCUCUUUGCAGAAUUUACGUCGUCGUUUUUGACAAAUUUUAUAUCUAUUUUCUUUCUAUAUUCUUUCAAUUUUAAUCUCAUCUCAACUUUCUUUCUUUUUGUUUUUCUUUCUUUCUUUCUUUUUCUUUUUCUUUCUUUCUUUCUUUCUUUGUCUUACUUUCUUUCUUUCUUUUUGUUUUUCUUUCUUUCUUUCUGUUUUUCUUUCUUUCUUUCUUUUUGUUUUUCUUUCUUUUUGUUUUUCUUUUUUUCUUUCCGAUAG